GUCAUUCCAGCGGUGCCUCCGCCUAUGGGGACGUAUCAAGUUCCGGUGCACGGUCAGCCUCCGAACCCGGCGUUGAGACACUACAUGCCCAUGCCUAAUGGAUACGCGGCCAUGCCCGGCGCUCCUCAGCCUCCACCUGUGUCCUCUCGAUUGAUUACAUGGUGAGAAACGUUGGAAGGCUUCAUAUUGCUUAGAGACCAUACCUUCUACAAUCUACAACUCCCUUUUUGGUAUGGACAAUUUGCUUGGUCUUUUGCUUGCCUUUAGAAUGAAUUUUGUUUGGUCGAUAUAUUUUUACGCUCAAAUCCUCCUGACUUUACAUAUGGAAAGACAAAAUUACUUGGAUAAAUUGCAAAGUUCUUUCAUUAAAGCUGAAAUGUCUCGUUAUGCAUCUUAAUCUAGUAGGCUACUUUCUGGUAGUCAUAAGCGUACUUCCCCUAUCCUGGGUUUAGGAAUUACCAGCCGCGGUCCAUGUUAGCAACUCUGUGCUCGCUGGCCUUGUAUCAUGAGGUAUUGCAUCUCUUCCAAUCAAACUUUCUCUAUACUUCCCUCCGGUUCUCUGUUCUAUGUUUACUGCGACUGGAGUGCUAACAAUUAGAUGAUCAAGAAAGAUGAAAUGUUAUGAGUAAUUCAGGUAUCUUAACUCCCUAGCAUAUCUACAUGAGAUUGUGAGUAAAUUGGUCCCCAUUGUUCAACUCGUCUGAUAAGAAGACUCAUUUAUUAAUUGAUGACUAUGUUUAAGUCUCAUGUUAUAUCCUUUCAAACAUCUGCAAUCGGUGCUUGGAAUUUGUUUGAGAAGGCGACAAUAUCGAAUUGAUACAUAAGGUGAGCCUCCUUCUAAUUCAGUGAUUUAUAUAGUCGACAUUGUUUGCUCGAUGUUUCCUUCAGGUUAUCUGUUCAGCUGGUGAUAGUUUCCAUGCCUAUGCUGCCAUCACUGUUUGCUUUUGAUGUUUGGAAUUCCUAGUUAUUCUCCAUAUCCGGGUAUGAUUCGGCCUGCAUUUACUCCACGGCCACCUGGGCCUAUAGGUGUGCUCCCAGCUAUUUCCCGUCCCCCUCUCCCUGUGGUUCCUGGAGUUCGCCCAAUCAUUCCUCCGAUUGUUAGGCCAGCUCUUGUUCCCGUAACUCCUGCUGAAAAGCCCCAGACAACUGUUUAUGUUGGCAAGAUUGCAUCUUCUGUUGAAAAUGAUUUUAUGCUUUCACUUCUUCAAUUAUGUGGACCAGUCAAGAGUUGGAAACGUGCUCAAGAUCCUUCAAACGGAGCUCCUAAAGGCUUUGGCUUUUGUGAAUUUGAAUCUGCUGAAGGGGUUCUUCGUGCAUUACGUCUUCUCAGUAAACUUAACAUUGAUGGGCAGGAGCUGGUGUUAAAUGUCAACCAAGCAACCCGAGAAUAUUUAGAGCGAUAUGUAGAAAAGAAAAGGGAAAAUGCAAAGAAACAAAAUGAAAGUGAAGCUGCUGCCAUUGCCGAGAAAGAGGGCGAUGGUGCAUCUAGUGCUGAGAAGAAUGAAUCUCUGGAGCCCAGCGGAGAUGACUCGAAGAAUGGUCAUUCUGAUUCUGGUAAGAAAGAAAGCCAUGAUAAUGCCCCUUUUGGAAUAGUGACAGAUGAAGACAGGGAAGCAGACAAAGAGGCUUCACAGAAGCUUACGAGCAUGCUAGAAGAAAGGUUAAAGACCAAACCUCUUCCUCCGCCGCCGCCACAAGUGCCGGCAGACAUUUUAGCAAUUACUGGCUCAGAAGCACCUGCCAAGUCGGAUUCUGAUGCAGAUCCUUCCAAAAAUGAUGCAGAAGACAGAAAUGAUGAAGAGACAACCAGUGAUAACAAGGACACUAGUGAUCAUGAUAAGACUGACAUUAACUCUCCUGACCGAAACAGAAGAUAUGACAGGAGAAGCAGGGAGCGCAACAGAGAACGAGAUGUAAAACAUGAAAAGGAAAGGGAAGUCGAGAGAUAUGAAAGAGAGGCAGAGCGAGAGCGGAUUCGCAAGGAGAGAGAUCAAAGAAGGAAGAUUGAGGAGGCCGACCGUGAGUAUGAGGAGCGUCUUAAGGAUUGGGAAUAUCGAGAAAGAGAGAGAGAGAAACAGCGUCAAUAUGAUAGGGAGAGAGAUAAAGAAAGGGAGCGCAAGCGGAAGAAGGAGAUUAUUUAUGAUGAAGAAGACGAAGAGGAGGAUUCCCGAAAAAGGUGGCAUAGGAGUGUCUUGGAGGAGAAGAGGAAGAAGAGGCUACGAGAGAAGGAGGAUGACUUGGCUGACAGAAGGAAGGAAGAGGAAGAAAUCACUGAGGCCAAGAAGAGGGCUGAGGAGGAAAAGAAGCAGCAGCUGCAGCAACAGAGAGAAGCGCUGAAACUUUUGAAUGGUGACAUAGCAAGUAGACAUGAGAAAAGUGUGCAAGCUGAAGAAUCAACAGGUGAAAUUGAUCAACAUGGCAUUGGGGGCAAUGCUGGUGAUGAAUAUCCUGCAGGUGAUGAGAUAUCAAGAAUUGGUGUAGGGGAUAAUUCAGUCAUCACAAUGGCUUCAUCUGAUGAUGUGCAGCAGAACAAUAAUGCUCCUACGAAAAAAUUGGGCUUUGGCCUUGUUGGUUCUGGAAAAAGAGCAGCUGUCCCUUCUGUUUUCUAUGAGGAAGAUGAUGAUGACAGAAACAAGGACAAAAAGAUGAGGCCCUUGGUUCCAAUUGAUUACUCGACUGAGGAAAUGCAGGCCAUUCAAACUACUCCUGGGCAAUCACAACCAAAUUUAGCUGCUGCAGCCGAAGUCGCGAAGCAGCUUUCUACUGCCAAUAUGAAAGAAGAGAAGCCUGAAUCUGAAAGGGAGAGAAGUAGACGAUCUCAUGAUAGGUCAAGCCAACGGGAGAAAGACCGGAGCAGUCUGGAUGGUAAUCGAGUUAAAGAUGAGAAUAGAGAUAAGAUUCUUGAACGGGUAAGAGAGCGGGAACAUGGACAAGAGAAAUCAAAGACCACAGAUAACAAGAAACUUUUAGAUGCCAAGCAAUUAAUUGAUAUGAUCCCUAGGACCAAGGAGGAUUUGUUCUCGUAUGAGAUAAACUGGGCCUUGUAUGACCAGCAUGAGCUGCACGAGAGAAUGAGGCCAUGGAUCUCAAAGAAAAUCAUGGAGUUCUUGGGAGAGGAGGAAACGUCCCUGGUUGACUACAUCGUAACUAGUACUCGAGAGCAUGUGAAGGCGACUGAAAUGCUGGAGACACUCAAGUCCAUAUUGGACGAGGAAGCAGAAAUGUUCGUGCUCAAGAUGUGGAGGAUGCUCAUAUUUGAGAUCAAGAAGGUAGAGAUGGGUCUCCACCCGAGGUCAAGAUCCUGAUUGAACUGUAUAUAUGCUUGCUUCUCCCUUGGACUGUUUGGCUGUCAUCACUAGUCCUUCGGUCAUUGUGCCUCUGCUUUUCCCCGAAAUCGUCUGUCUUAUGAGGGGUGGCAAAUACAGGUGCUGGCUAGGUUAACAUUUCUAUUUCUUUUUAUUUGGACUGUUGAUGAUUAUAACCCCCCUACAAUGUAGAACCCCUUCUUGGCUGUUUGAUCACUUUAGGGGUUGGAAGAGAUUUCGUUUCUCUUUUUUUCUUAGUUGGAUGUAUGCUCACCAUUUGAUGAGGAUUUUGCUACUUCAAUAAAAACAAAUGCGUGCAAUUCGAGUUAACAAACUGCAUGUUUCUAGU